AUGCCUUUUUUAAAUCAUCGAUUUGGCUCAAUAUAUGGAGGAGUUAUUUUAGCCAAACUUAGUGGUAGUGAAAGUGAAAUUGUAUCUCUCUACGUGAAUACUACUAAUGACAUGCCAAUAGGAUUGUCUAUUUUAUUAGGAGGUGGAAUAUCAGGUUUGAUAAUUCUCUUUUUUAUUGGUUUUGGAAUUGUUGAAAUUUACAAUCUAAUAAUGAAGAGAGCUGCUCUCGAAUACAGAAAUCAAAUGGACGGAGUUAGUUUUUUCAAUCACAACUUUCCAGAGAAGUAUCUAAAGAAUUGUCUAAAAUUGAAAAUGCAUGCUACUGAAUUGGAUGAGGAAUUGAUUAAAUUUUGCAUGAGUAAAAAGUCACAACUCAACAUUUCAACUUUGAUUGUGAGUGCAGUUUACACAUCCAUAUUUCAUGAUAAUCCUCUGUUUUCACUCAAUACUUUGAGAUAUGCUAACAGACAAUCAAAUAUCCUUCAACGAUUAAUAAUCCAAACUAAAAUACAGGAAAUUGAGUUGAAUUCAGGACAGCAGACAACUUCAGAGAUUAGAACACUAUUGGAGAGGCAACUAAAUCUUCAGGAAAAGUUGAGAUUUUUAAGAAAGUUCUUUUGGCAAUACUUUGUUUCGAAUGAAGAUGAUUUGGAAAAAAUUGACUCACUAAUUCAUGAAAUGUUCAAUGUACAGGAGUCAAUAUUAUCUAUUUUCAAUCACUUAAUGUUGAACUACCCAGAAAAUCAACAAAUAUUGAAGAGAAAGCAACAAUUUUUUGCUGAGUUUUUAUUUGAAAAUAAUGACUAUAUGGAUGCUUUUCAAAAUUCAGAAAUUGAUACAAAAUCUUCAAGUAUUGAUUUAGAUCGAUCAAAGAGUUUCAAAAGAUCAAGUUCUAAAAUAAUACCAAUCAAUGAAUCUUUUACUAAAAAACAGUCAUUCAGGUUGACUGAAAAAGUUUUCAGAGAUUCUAUUAACACUCAUUUGAAUUUGAAAAAGCAGAAUAUUUACUUGUUGAUUAUUCAAUUUAUUUCCAUACUAUUCAUAACUGGGGCUAUUAUCACAAGUUUUAUUGUUACUUCCAAUGGAAGCGACAUCAUUACAAUUAAGAAUAGUUGCCAGCUAUCGUUUAUUCCUCAUUCAUUACUAAGAGAAGUAAAACUAGCCAGCCAUUACCAUUCCCUUGAUUAUUUCAAUUACUUCAAGAGUAGAAUAUCCACUUUGGAAACUUUUCUAAAUAAGGGGAAAAUGAAUCAGUAUGGAGUAUUGAAAAAUACUGAACUAAACUAUUAUUCACAAAACAAUUUCCCUGUCAUUAUUCCAACAAUUUCAAAGAAUGGAGUGGUGAUCAAUUAUCAAAAUGUAUCCAUCUCCACAAUGAUAACUGAUUUGAAUGUUAUUGGAGAUUCUAUCAAGAAUUGGAAAUUUACAACUCUAGAAACACUCAAUAGUAAUUAUGAAUAUUUGUACUUAGAAUUGAACCACAACAGUACAAGUGAAUAUUUAACACGUUUCUGCCAAUCUAUGGUUAAUGAAAUGAUUUCAAAACCAUCAGAUCAAUUAAUUAUUGUAUUCAGCACAUUAAUUGGCUCCUUCAGUAUUGUGUUUAUACUGUACUUAAUAUUUUCAAAGCUGUUUUUCAAUACCAAAGAAAAGAUCAUUUCACUCUUCACUAAAAUACCUAAAGAUGUUGUUGGUAUGAUAUUUCACUCAUUGGAAAAGAAAUUGUCAAGACAAAAAUCGAAUGAGAAUCACAAUAUUUCUCCAUCUUUUCUCAAUUUCUCAAAGAAAUUACUAUUGAUCGUGGUAAUGACCUAUUGUGUUUCAAUUAUAUCAUUAUCUAUAUCAUUUUGGGAGUCGAUGGUUACUGAUUCAUAUUCACACAGUGUAACAUUUAAAAUAAGUCAUAUGGGAAAAUUUUUGAAUUCAAUUAGCAGUGAGCAGUUGAUGCUUACUAAUACUUACUUGGAAAGUAAUACGUAUAAAUAUAGUCUUCAAUCAGGUCUAGAAGAAUCAUGGAUUCUAUUUAGGUAUGGAUCUGAACAAUAUCCAGAAAAUGUCAAGCAAUUUGCCUUAAUGAUGAAUGAGGUUCUUGAAGAUAGUUAUACAAAUGAAACAAGUUACAGCAACUCUAUUCACAUCACAGCUAUUUCCGACAUUUACUCCAAUACCUCAAAUAAUUGUCAUAUUAAGUAUGCGUGUGACGGUUUAGAUUCAUUAAUUGAAAAUUAUGCCGUAAUUAUGGAUAGCUUAUAUUCAUCCAACAUGGGAUUGGAAAAUGAAAAUUUAUUUAUCAAAUUAAUUCAAAUCAAUAAGCUGAUUAGCGAUAAGAUUGAUUUGUUAUCAACCUAUUUAGUGAGCUCAAUGAUUGGGGUGAGAAUUCCAAUUUCUCUGGCCAUCUACAUCAUAGCCUUAUUCUUGAUAUUCAUUAAUUGCUUCUUUCACUAUUCUCAAUUAAACAAAUACACUGAGGAAUGCAAUCACUUGAGAAGAUUAUUGAACAUGCUACCAACUGACACAAUUUCACAUAUUGAAGAAAUUAAACAAUUCGUAUUGUUUUACAAUUUGGGAGAGCGUAAGGAAAAGAGUAAAACAAGCAAAUCACAAGCUAUUUUAGAUGGAGCAGUUGAUGGAGUGAUUGUCUUGAAAACCAACACGACUCUCGUUGAAAUUAUUAAUCAAUCUGCUUGUAAAAUGUUAGGAUACGCCAUGAAUGAAAUAACAGAUGUAAUGGCACUCUUUGGUGAAGGUGAACAAGCUAGUAAAUUGAAAUUGCUCCUCGAUGUCAUGUUCUCAGCCAAGCAAUCCAUUGGCGAAUAUGUUGAACUAGAAGCAUUGAGAAAGAAUGGUUCGACUGUAGCUGUUGGAGUUUCUCUGUCUGUUUACAUGUACGAAAAUAAGAAUCUAGUCACCAUCUUGUUGCGAGACAUUACAUUUGAGAAGAAGUUUAAAAUUCUACUCGAAGAGGAACGCAGGAAAUCUGAUUCUCUUUUGUUAAAUAUUUUGCCUGAACGUAUUGCUGUGAGAUUGAAAGCUGGUGAAACAUGUAUUUCAGAAAAGUUUGAUGAUGUUACUUGUCUGUAUAGUGACAUGGUUGGAUUUACCAAAAUGUCAUCAACUUUGACAGCUACUGAGCUCAUUCAAUUAUUGAAUCACAUUGUGAAUGGAUUUGAUAAUUUAACACACAUGUUCGGAUUGGAAAAGAUAAAGACAAUUGGAGAUGCCUACUUCUGUGUAGGAGGCAUGUCAAACCAAUCGUCAGAUCACCCCGAAAAGGUUAUUCUAUUCGCCACUCACAUGUUAUCAGUCAUUACAAAAUAUAAUGCGCAACAAAAUAAGAAUUUGAACAUUAGAAUUGGAAUUCACUCAGGACCAGUUAUUGCUGGAUGUAUUGGUAAUCUCAAAUUUGCAUAUGAUUUGUGGGGAGAAACAUUAACUAUAGCUAAUUCUGAUAUUUUGGCUUUCUAUUUACACGCCAUUGAGUACAAGGAUAAUGCAAGCUCUCCAGUUAGAUUUGGAAUUGCUAAGCAUUUAGUGAAGGAAUAUUUGGCAGAAAAUGCUCCAAAGAGAUUGAAAUUUAAAUACAUGAAGAAUGCAUUUGGACCAUUUCAAAUUAAAUUCAAUGAAUGUAAUGAAGAUAAUUGUCCAGUUGACCUAUUUGAAAACUUUUACAAUUUGUCUGUUAGGGCACUCAAACACGAAUUUCCAAGCUUUGUCAAAUCAAAAAUUUUCAGCAAAUUCUUGGAACAAAAGAAGAGAAAUCCAGAACAGUUGAGAUCCUACAUGAAAGGAGAAGGAGAAUCAUCAAGUGCAGAUGAAGAUGAUGAGAAGGAAUUUAUUCUGUUUUGUGAAAAGUGUGGAACUGAAAUUAUUAAUUUGGAAAAUCACAGAUUUAAUGAUUGGGAAUUUGAUAAUAGAAAGGAAUUAUUACAAGAUUUGAAUCAGUGGAGAGUUAUAUUCGAAACUUCUGGUGGUAAAACUUAUUUCGCACCAGAGGUUUCUCACAAUCACCUUUCUAAUUCAAGACGUCACGUGCAAAUCAAGUACAUUUAUGAUAUGAAUUGUACACAUCACGAAUUAUUCAAUGCCUGGAUUGACCACGACUCGUAUGGUACCAGGAUUGACCAUUUGAUUCAAUCUCAACAAAUUGAUUUCGUUAAAGUUGGAAAGUAUGCGCAUACUGUUUGUCAUGAAAUAUUCAAAAUGCCAUUCCCACACAAGAAUAGAGAGCUAGUUCAUGCCUACAGUUGUCAAUACGAUAGAAAGGAAGAAGUUUACUUGUGCAUAUCUCGUUCCAUCAACAAUCCUAAAAUGCCAAUCAACAAAUAUAGAGCUGAGAUUAAAACUGCAUUCAUGGUUAAGAGACUGACAGAUACUUCGUGUCGUUAUUACUAUUCUAUAAUAUUUGAUCCGAUGGGAAGUUGGUUGAAACCAGAAUGGUAUCAUAAGAAUUCAUAUAGAGAAACUCAACAAGAGUGUUUCCAUGUUAAACUUGUUAAAUUUGUUGAUAAGAAACAGAAAGAAGGAAGAAUUAGUAAUCCAUCUGGUCCAAUAGUUGAAUCUCUCAAUUAUUAUUUGCAACAAGAGGAGGCGAGGUUGAAAAAGAAGUCUUUGAAGAAACAAGAAACACCUCAAAAACAACCAAACAACACUAGAAUGCCAUCAACGAAGAAUCUCAACAGAAAGAAUUCUAAAGCCACUCUUCCUACUACUGAUUCACAGCUUCAGCAACAACAGCAACCAGCAACUAGUGGCUCACCACAAUUGACUACUGUUCUGCAACCACCUGAUGUUGUUGGAACAACAUUGGAUUUGAAUAAUACUGAAGAAUAUUUCGACAAGCAACCAAGUGUUAUUAGUAAUACCCCAUCAUUGAGGAAUAGUUUGAAUGCCAUGAAUUUGAUAGAUGAACAUGUUCACCAUGUCGAAAAUUCUAAUCGCACCCAACAUAUUACAAAUCAAGAAAAUGAUCAUGACAAUAGUGAAACAGACCUAAUUGAUCAAACAGGUGGUGAUUCUCAAUAA